AUGAAGAUACGAAUUAUUACAUGGAACGUCCGUGGAUUAAAUGAUCCGGACAAAAGAAGGGUGGUUAAAGUCACUGUGAGGAAGUGGAAUGCCCAUGUUAUAUGUUUGCAAGAAACCAAGUUGGCUUCUAUUACUGAUGAUGUGGUUAGAAGCCUUUGGGGAAGUAGAUGGAAGAUGAUACUUUCAGUUGGGUCUUUUCUGGAGUUUAUAGACCCGUUAUUGAUUGUGAAAGACCUGUUUUUUGGUAAGAACUCGUUGCCUUGGUGCUUAGGCGGGGACUUCAAUUCUAUUCGAUCUCCAUUUGAGAGAUCCACAGGGGGGAGGUGGUCUCCGGAGAUGACCCAGUUCUCUGACUUUAUUGAUGGUCACCUUCUUAUUGAUUUGCCAUUGGAAGGGGCAACUUUCACUUGGUCAAGCGGCAGAGACCCAGUUACUCUAUCAAGGCUAGAUAGAUUCCUGAAUUUUGGAGAUUGGGAGGAGAAGUUCCCGGAUGUCACUCAGGCAGCUUUGGUUAGAGUCACGUCUGAUCACGAGCCCUUAGUCCUUGAUUGUGGAGGUAUGACAUCUAGACGCACACCAUUUCGCUUCGAAAAUAUGUGGUUGAGAGCUGAGGACUUCCAAGGGAAGGUCCAGUCCUGGUGGGGGGAAGCAACGUUUACAGGCUCUACCAGUUAUGUGCUUGCUAAGAAGUUUCAGAUUCUCAAAUAUGAGCUUAAGAAGUGGAACAAAGAGGUGUUUGGGAAUCUUUAA